UAUCGAACAUGAACAACGGCUAACUUCGGGCGUGAAGACGUACGCGAGAGCCGAAUAUAUCGAGUGAGACGCACGCAGCGUCGCCGUCGUGCGACGACCCCAGCCGUUACAGCCUGCGAAGUUCGAAAUGACGCGAGCAACGUGUAAAUUCGUCCGAUCGAAUUCCCGACGUUGCAAUUUCCGACACAGCUCGGUCGGGACUGAGGGUGACGAUUUCUCGCCGAAACCCUGGCUCUUAAAAAUGACUUUUUGCACUUCCACGCAAGAUAUUUUUAAACUGGAAAAACUAUCGUAACUAUUCAUACGUAAUAUUCUCAUUACUGUGAUAUUAUCAUGAAAAUUAAAACAUGCUCGCGUUCGUCAGAAAACACUCAGAUUUUAAUCGGGAAGGAGAGAGAAAGGUAUAUUUUCACACGAAACUUAUCAGCAUACGCUGUUUCGCAGUUGUAGCGGACUGUGCGAUUCCAUUCUGACUACUUCCACUUGAGAUUCCAGCUCAUAUUCCGAACGCGCUUAUGAUAAUAUUAGCAUGUUACCAGCUGCUUGCGCGAAGAGCCGGAAGAGUAAAGUGGCGGUAGUAAAGUAGCAGCAGCGGUAAAGAGAGUCGACGUGAACGCGGUACUGAGACUCGCGCAGUCGGGCGAUCAAGCUUCCCUGUAAUAUUGAAGAAUCAUGCCGUCUCGCUCGCGCCCUUCAAAUGCCACGGUUCAAUCGAAUCAUUUCACGAAGGAACGAGAGCGAGAGGAUCGGCGGCGCUCUCGUAAAAUCCGGGCCCAGUCGGUGCACCAUUUAACACGCCCCCUCCUGCGUAUACAUCUUCGUGCAUGCACACACCGUGCACGCAGGCCUGGGGCUCUUUGUUUAUUCCAUGUGGUGACGUACGCGUACGUCUGUGUAUGUACGUACGAGCGACGCAUCGCGAGAGAACGCGAGAGAGCCGCUCGAUGCGAUCGAAUGCGCGGCGGCAGUCGGUGCCGAGUGCGCUGACCCGUGCGGAACGGAAAGAGCGAUGGUCGUUGACCGCAGCUGAGCGCGAUCCAUUGUUUACCUCGGCCCGACGCAUCCCCGGAGCUUCCUCGCGAAUAAACCGGAUCCUCCGUGCCGAGCGUGAUUACAACGGUCGAGCAUGUCAUCGUCGUCGCCGUCCUCGUCGUCGAAAGCAGCGGCGGGAUGCGCUCCCGCGAACAAAGGCGAGCAGCAGGAGUUCGCCUUGGACAAAGACGCCAGCGAGCACAGCAUCUCCAGCAUGAUCUCGUGCGUGUCGGUCUCGCCGAAGCACGCAGAGAACAGCCUGCGAGUCAUGGAGAGCUACCUGCACAAGCAGCAGCUGACAGACGUCACGUUGAUCGCGGGAAAUAGACGCUUCCCGGCUCAUCGAUUGGUGCUCAGCGCUGGAUCUGAAUACUUUGCUGCCAUGUUCACAAGUUCUCUGCGAGAGGCGGCGCAGGAGGAAAUAGAAUUAAUGGAUAUAGAUGGAGAUGCAUUAUGGGCUUUGGUUCUUUAUUGUUACACAGGUUGCAUAGAAUUACAAGAAGACAGUGUAGAGACCCUCCUCGCAACCGCAUGCUUGCUGCAAUUGAAUCCAGUUAUCAAAGCGUGCUGCCAAUUUCUCGUUAAGCAACUUCACCCGAGCAACUGCCUGGGCAUACGGAUGUUUGCGGAUACUCAGGGUUGUACAGAAUUAUUUGAGCACGCGCACGCAUACACGACCAAGCAUUUCAUGGAAGUCACAAGAAACCAAGAGUUCUUACUUUUAUCCGCCAAUGAGGUUACAAAACUACUUGAAUCCGAGGAUCUCAACGUCCCGUCGGAAGAAACUAUCUUCCAUGCACUUAUGACUUGGCUGGAACACGAUCCAGAGAACAGGAGCAAAGACGCCAGUAAAUUACUAGGUCUAGUCAAAUUACCAUUACUGUCACCUGCGUUUAUAGCUGACAAUAUCGAGAGCAACGACAUGUUCAAGGACCAAAAGAUAGCGCAGGAAUUAUUAAUGGAAGCAUUGAAAUAUCAUUUGUUACCUGAGCGAAGAGCCUUGCUUCAAUCAGGAAGGACGAAACCAAGGAAAGCCACCGUGGGUACGUUGUUAUCUGUUGGAGGAAUGGAUGCUACUAAAGGUGCCACGUCUAUAGAUGCAUUUUCAUUGCGUGACAACGCCUGGACGUUUUUGGCUACCAUGAGCGGCAAAAGAUUGCAAUUCGGUGCGGUGAUAGUCGAUAAGAAAGUAAUUGUCGCAGGUGGCAGGGAUGGUUUAAAAACACUGAAUACGGUGGAAUGCUUUGAUUUCUCCACCUUUCUGUGGAGCACUUUACCAGCCAUGAAUGUUCACCGUCAUGGGUUAGGAGUGGCAGUGUUAGGUGGACCCUUGUACGCUGUUGGUGGGCAUGACGGUUGGAGUUUCCUCGAUACGGUUGAGAGAUGGGAUCCAGCGGCGCGUCAGUGGAGCUCGGUAUGUUCUAUGUCCAUACAAAGAUCUACGGUCGGCGUGGCUGCAUUAAAUGAUAAGUUGUACGCUGUAGGAGGGAGGGACAUCAGCUCCUGUUUAAACACCGUGGAGUGUUACGAUCCGCACACUAACAAGUGGACACCGUGCGCAGCUAUGUCGAAAAGGCGAGGCGGUGUUGGUGUGGGAGUUCUGAAUGGUUGCCUGUAUGCAGUCGGUGGCCACGAUGCCCCAGCCAGUAAUCCCAAUGCUAGCAGAUACGAUUGCGUGGAAAGAUACGACCCUAAAACUGACACGUGGACUAUGGUCGCGCCAAUGAGCGUGGCCCGGGACGCAGUCGGUGUUUGUGUGCUAGGUGAUAGACUCAUGGCUGUGGGAGGAUACGACGGUCAACAGUAUUUAACGCUGGUAGAAGCUUACGAUCCACACCUCAACGAGUGGGAACCUGUUGCUCCUCUCAGAGCUGGCCGCGCAGGACCCUGUGUCGUCGUAAAAGAUUUAGCCCGUGGCACUUCGGCAACUUCUUAUUAAAUAGUUCGUAAUCUGUCUUAUCUUCCUUAUAUAAUUUGCGUACUUCAGGAAGUAUAUAACGAUCUAUUCUCUUUUCCUAUUUUUCUUGUGAUAUUUGCAUGCACAUUAAAUGAAAUGCAGUGUUACUUUUUUUCUGAGAAAUAAUAUUAGGUAACACUUGAUCCGUAAAUAAGUAUUAAAUUCCUCCCUGAUAUAUGAGUAAUUUUUAUAGAAUUUUUACAAGUUUUCGUAUUGAUAUUGGCAAACAGUAUUUUCGCUGCGAAUAUGUACACAUGAUAUUGCGAUUUUAUAUAAACAUUCAAUCUAAUGAAUAAUUGUGUUAAGGCCCCUGUGUCCUCACUUUGGCUGUCCUCGUUUGAUAACAUCAGAAGCGAGAAAUCGCGUACCAAAAUAUAUUAGGGCAUAUGUGAAAAUAAAAGAGUAUAUGCAUAAAAUAGCACUCGUGAUGGAUUCAACAUACUUGUAAGAAUGUCCGAACGCUUUCCUUUUAAUCUGAACAAUUAACAAAUAGCCGAAAAUUAGUGUGACAUACAACUUAUAUUGUUAGCCUAUUUUUGCUCAUGAUUUUUGUUAAUUUUAUAGCGAUUCAUUGAUUGAUCAGGUUAAAGGAAAGUAUCCGGACAUUUCUACAAGUGUGCUAAAUCUGUCACGAAUGCCAUUUUAUGCACAUCCUUUUAUUUCCACGUAUGCUAUGAUAUAUUUUGACAUACGAUUUUUCGUUUCUGACGUCAUCAAAUAAGGAUAGUCAAAGUGAAGACACAGAAGUCUUUAUAAAGAUGGUUGUGGCAGUUUGUAUUUAGAUAUCAUAUCAUAUUGUCAUAUUAACUUAGAACAUGUAAGAAUUUGUUAGUAGAAUUUGUAUAUACAAGCAUUCAUGGUUUCUUCAUAAAAAGAGGAGACGCAGUUUCUCCAUAUUUAAAAUUUCUCCGCAUUUCUCUGUGGUUUGCAAUAAAUUAUUAACUUUUUCUACAAAUCAGCGAUAGGGAAUAAGUGUUAAGUGUAAAAAUCGAAAAAUAAGUUUUGUAGAUAUAGAAAUAUUUCUCUUAAUAAAAUGUUCAUGUUAA